GGCUUAGGUCAGUUUCCUGGGAAGCUGGCAGUUAAAAUCCAGCUGAGAACAGGGCUGCUGUCUAUUUGUGGUUCCUCUUUGCUUGGGAUGACAUGAGAGGUCUGGGGAAGGCUUAUUGCUGCACACAGCUCUGAGGGACACAUUUAGCUUUGCACUUGCAUGCCCUGCAGGAUUGCCCAUCAAUCAGAGCUGAAAACCAAAGCUGAAUAGUAAGAGUGGGGUCCAUUGAGGUGGGAAUAUAUAUAUAAAGGGCAGAUUUGACUGCAGAUCCCAGGGAAUCGCUGGACAUCUCUCCCCGCAGAGCGCGUUGCCUUGGCCGUGACAGCCCAACAUGUUCAGCUGGCUGGGGACCGACGACCGAAGGAAGAAGGACCCCGAGGUCUUCCAGACGGUCAGCGAUGGGCUGAGGAAGCUCUACAAGACCAAGCUGCUGCCCCUGGAAGAAUAUUACAAAUUCCACGAGUUUCAUUCGCCGGCGCUGGAGGAUGCGGAUUUUGAUAACAAGCCCAUGGUGCUCCUGGUUGGACAGUACUCUACUGGGAAGACCACCUUCAUCAGGUACCUUCUGGAGCAGGACUUCCCAGGGAUGCGCAUCGGACCCGAACCCACCACCGACUCCUUCAUUGCGGUGAUGCACGGGGAUGUGGAGGGCGUCAUUCCUGGCAACGCUCUCGUGGUGGAUCCCAAAAAACCUUUCCGAAAACUCAAUGCGUUUGGAAAUGCCUUUCUGAAUAGAUUUGUUUGUGCCCAACUGCCCAGUCCCGUGCUGGAGAGCAUCAGCGUCAUCGACACGCCGGGAAUCCUGUCCGGAGAGAAACAGAGGAUCAGUCGAGAGCGAGAGGAGAGUGGCUAUAGCGGGCUGCGCAGAUGCACGUACGGAGGAUAUGACUUUGCGGCCGUUCUGGAAUGGUUUGCGGAACGAGUCGACCGGAUCAUCCUCCUGUUCGACGCGCACAAGCUGGACAUCUCCGACGAGUUCUCGGAAGUCAUAAAGGCCCUGAAGAACCACGAAGACAAAAUGCGGGUGGUCCUCAACAAAGCCGACCAGAUCGAGACCCAGCAGCUGAUGAGGGUUUACGGCGCCCUCAUGUGGUCCCUGGGUAAGAUCGUCAACACGCCGGAGGUCAUCCGGGUCUACAUUGGCUCUUUCUGGUCCCACCCACUCCUCAUCCCUGACAACCGCAAGCUGUUUGAGGCUGAAGAGCAAGAUCUGUUCCGGGAUAUCCAGAGUCUGCCGCGAAACGCGGCGCUCAGGAAGCUUAACGACCUUAUCAAACGAGCCCGACUGGCAAAGGUCCACGCUUAUAUCAUUAGUUCUCUGAAGAAGGAGAUGCCGGCCGUGUUUGGAAAGGACAACAAGAAGAAGGAGCUCGUUGCUGGUUUGGGAGAGAUUUAUGCCCGGAUUGAACGAGAGCACCAGAUCUCCCCGGGAGAUUUCCCCAACCUGAAGAAGAUGCAGGAUCUAUUGCUGGCCCAAGACUUUAACAAGUUCCAGCCACUGAAGAACAAGCUCCUGGAGACAGUGGAUGAAAUGCUUGCCCACGAUAUUGCCCACCUCAUGGUACUGGUCAGACAGGAGGAGACUCAGAAACCAGUUCAGGUGGUAAAAGGAGGAGCCUUUGAGGGAACCCAGAAUGGGCCCUUUGGCCACGGAUACGGCGAGGGUGCGGGAGAAGGGAUCGACGAUGCCGAUUGGGUGGUUUCCAGGGACAAACCCAUGUACGAUGAGAUCUUUUACACCCUCUCUCCGGUCAAUGGAAAAGUCACGGGCGCCAACGCCAAGAGAGAGAUGGUGAAGUCCAAGCUGCCCAACACGGUUCUGGGAAAGAUCUGGAAACUGGCCGACAUAGACAAGGACGGAAUGUUGGACGAUGAGGAAUUUGCUUUAGCCAAUCAUCUCAUUAAGGUUAAACUGGAGGGGCACGAGCUUCCCAAUGACCUUCCUUGUCACCUCCUCCCCCCGUCCAAGCGAAAGGUGCAUGAAUAAAAUAAUAGAAUGCCCAAUCCAGAUGGAGACCCCAAUACUUCUCCUCGUUACCUGUUACCCCCAAUGUGAAACGGGCCCCCGUGGCCCUUCGUUAUAUCCAAAAUGCUGAACCAAAAUGUAACUUCCAUUAACAAUGUAACCCCUAUUGCUUUCAUGCUCGUUACACGUACUAAACCCCGAGGGAAAGUGGACUCCGGGGGGCGCCCCGUUCCCUCCAGUCGUGCUGUGUAUUCUAUUAUUUUCAUGCUGUGGGUGGGGGGGGUGGAUACCUCAUUGUGUUGUGGGCGGGGAGAGUGUUACUGGUGGGCGGGGCACUGAUGCUGGGGCUGCUGGGUUAUCCCAAGGUAUUCGGCUAUUUGUUUUUAACUAAAAUCUCUUUUAAUGAGUAUAGCAAGUUAAAGGAGAACUAAACCUUAUCAUGUAUUAAAUUAGCGAGUCAACAGAGGCGGAUCUUUCACUCGCACAUAUUCUUGUUUGAUCAAAUUCUUAAACAGUUCACGUAUUAGAAUAUAAAUUAAGUAUUGGUCAUUUUAUUUAUAUAAAUAUACACACAUAGUUGCUCUUCAAAAUUCCCUGUUGUUAUUCUGUAAGAUACCAUCAGAGUAUUGUUGUCCAGCCAUUUGCUUCCUGCACCUCCCCCUGUACUAGUCCCACCCACUGCUUGAGUCAGAGACUCCCUGCCCCCACAUAAUCUGCAUCAUCAGUGUUCUAGGCCCACCCACUACUUAAGUCACUAACUCCCUUCCAUCAGAGUCCUCUAGGCCAACCCACUACUUAAGUCACUGACUCCCAUCAGAGUCCUCUAGGCCCACCCACUACUUAAGUCACUAACUCCCAUCAGAGUCCUCUAGGCCAACCCACUACUUAAGUCACUGAUUCCCAUCAGAGUCCUCUAGGCCCACCCACUACUUAAGUCUCUGACUCCCAUCAGAGUCCUCUAGGCCCACCCACUACUUAAGUCUCUGACUCCCAUCAGAGUCCUCUAGGCCCACCCACUACUUAAGUCACUGACUCCCAUCAGAGUCCUCUAGGCCCACCCACUACUUAAGUCACUAACUCCCAUCAGAGUCCUCUAGGCCCACCCACUAUUUAAGUCACUGACUCCCUUCCAUCAGAGUCCUCUAGGCCCACUACUUAAGUCACUAACUCCCAUCAGAGUCCUCUAGGCCCACCCACUACUUAAGUCUCUGACUCCCAUCAGAGUCCUCUAGGCCCACCCACUACUUAAGUCACUGACUCCCAUCAGAGUCCUCUAGGCCCACCCACUACUUAAGUCACUAACUCCCAUCAGAGUCCUCUAGGCCCACCCACUACUUAAGUCACUGACUCCCAUCAGAGUCCUCUAGGCCCACCCACUACUUAAGUCACAAACUCCCAUCAGAGUCCUUUAGGCCCACCCACUACUCAAGUCACUGACUAUCUUCCAUCAGAGUCCUUUAGGCCCACCCACUACUUAUGUCAUUGACUUCCUUCCAUCACAGUCAUCUAGGCCCACCCACUACUUAUGUCAUUGACUUCCUUCCAUCACAGUCAUCUAGGCCCGCCCACUACUUAAGUCACUAACUCCCUUCCAUCAGAGUCCUCUAGGCCCACCCACUACUUGAAUUGCUCAUUUCAGGGACUCUUUGCUGAGAGGCAGAAUAAAUAUUUCACGGAUGGGCCAUCUAGGCCCUGGCAUUCCAAGUACAUGUACCCGUAUUAGUUUAGAUCAGAUCCAGUUGCAUUAGAAAGUAAGAAAUUGCCCCAAACUGGAUCCUCUGUCAUUGACCCACGCUGAGAAGGUGCCUGGGAGUUGUAAAAUGUAACCCAAGGGGCAUCAGUUGUAUAAAAUACAUUUCAAGGUAUCGUUCUCCUCUCCCCCUCUGCAUUGUGGGUAAUGGGAUCCGCUAUCCAGCCCCUGGGAUCACCCAGCCCCCCGGUACUGAUUGGGGGCUCACACUGUGUAGUCCCAGCUAUGUGUCUGAUUAACUGUGAAUAUGUCCUGUAUAUAAGAUAUAGGGGGGAAACAUGGCUGAUGUGAUGGUAGGUGAGUAGGUGGGGGGGGUAAGUGAACUUCAGGGGACAUUACAUAUAUGUAACCAAUCAGUGCUUAUGUUUGUACAUGUGAGGGCCCCUUCCAUUCCAGCGCGGCCUUAUGCGCCCUAACGUUUGCUGCCUGCACCUCAGUAAGCGAGUCCCGCCUACAAACGCUAGAGCGCACAAGGCCACGCCCUUAUUAUGGAAGUCUCAGUCUCAGAGGCGCUACAGAAACCAUGUGAUCCGCAGCUGCCAAUGAAAGCCAAACGGGCCACCACAAUGGGAAGUGGGCUAACUGGGCAAACCUUUCCGCCAGUCUUACUUUGAGUUGCCUGAUAUAUAAUAACUUAUUUUCAAAAUAUAUAUAUAUAUAUACUUAACACAUUUUA